AUGCAGGCAGACACAUUUCACCUGCUGCAAAGCGAAUCCCCGCCCGUCGAAUCCUGGGACGACGAUGGAGACCUGCAAUGUCUUGACGACAUACAAUUCCAUGCCAUUUCUACCACAACGUCCGUGACCGGCUCUAUGCUUCGAUCCGGUCAUCGUGACUCGAUUUCUUCACGUCGCUCAAUCCGCUCCGAUGUCGAAUCCAAUGCCGGCGACGAGGAUUGGCAGCUAUUACUCCGAGACAAUGACGAAGCAGGAACCGAAGAGGCGAUCGCCUCUGCACGCAACGCGGGCAUACCGAUACCCGAUAAUGUCCCCAAAUCAGCCCUCUUGUCGGGCUCAAUCAAGAAAUUACAGUCGAAGCAACAUAAGAAGAGCGUCAUCGAUGAUUGGUCGGAGGAUCUCGAGUUUCCCGAUACUGAUAUGGAAUUGUCUCUUAAAGCGAACGGACAAGAGUCAUUCCCAGAAUCUAUACACCAAAUCCACACUCCAUUGAUGUCUAGUCCAGCGAAGACUAGAGGUUCAACUGAGCCCAGCCCAUUUAGGGGCGUGGGAACCACUACUCCUCAAUCAACAACCGAUGCGAAAGAUACGAUUCAAGGCCUUGGUUUUCACGAUAUCAAACAAGAACCACAAGAUUUAUCAACAACUACAACAAACACUGUAUCGAACCUGAACCUCCCGCAUACACCUUCUAUUGGCAGUCACUCUCCUGCUGUUUGCCUCGCACGAGAUGCAGACGAUGACUUCGAGAAGGAUUUUGAAUUCCCUAGUCAGGAAAUGACCCUCAAGCUUUCUCCACCACCCAAUAUGCCAACCAUGAUUCCUAGCAUCAAUGAUGAUAUUUGGGAUAUCGGUUGGGCAGAUGGAGAUGGGAAUGGACGCUUCGGUGGCACAAAGCGAGACGGGCGUUCAACUCACAGUUCAUCGGUAUCUGCGUUUAGUCCCAGUGCCUCAAGUUGUCUUACGGCAGAGACUGAAGAUGACAUUCUAGAUGGAUUAGUCCUUCCUGAUGGACCAUUCAACUUCGAGGAUAAUCUGAAGAAGCGGAAAGUGCUCCGAACAGACACUGAAGAACCCAGCCCCAAAUCGCUACCGCCCUCGAACAACCAGAAGACUACUACAAGCGACAAUUUCUUCGAUGAAUUAGAUGUCGAUGAUGGAAGUGUCUUUACAUCGCUAAAGACGAAUGUCAACCGAAAUGUCAAACGCAAAUUAGAUGCUCGUCCAAUGACGCCUAACCGCUCGGAGAAGACAAUCACAUUCACAAACAAGACACCCUCCGUUGGGACCAGAAUCCCACGACUUUCUAGCCACAACAGGAGCCGCACCAGUUUGGAGCCCGUCUCCGAAAGUGGCAAUCCUGUUACUCAAUUCAGAAGACCGCAGUCCCGGCUCACAGCUCAUGGAAAUCGAAGUUCUGUCGAAAGUAUACAUACAUCUCCUCCAGUCACUCCAUCGGGUGGCCGACGAUCUCUUGGUGGUCGGAGUUCAAGAGAAAGCAUGAACAGUGACCGUGAUCUAUCUUCAAGUCAUGCACAGCUUCUCAAGUCAAAACGCUCGGCGCCCGUUGCACGUGGUCCUGAAGAGUCAGUGUCCGCCGCACCUUUCCAGCGCCCAUCAUCACGGCAAGAAAGUGCCUCCUUAAUUCCAAGUUUUGCUAGACCCAAGACUCCUGUCGAUAGAUCAACUACAGAUUCUCGACUUGGCAACCACCGACCUCAAGUACCUUUUCUACCUGCUGGUGCGUCACAAAGCCAGUCUCAUCACGCAAGCCUCAAAUACUCUCGCCAUUUCCGUCGAUCCGACUCGGAGACAUCUACAGAGUCCACUAUUGGAACAAAGUCGACUUCCCGCCUUUCACAUACUCUACGCCCCGAUACGCACGGGCGCCAUCAUGCGCAUUCUGCCAGUGAGGGCUCUAAUAUCGUGGUUAAGCAUUCAGUUACUCGACCUACUCGUCGGCGAAACUAUGGAGAUGGAAAUGAACUAGAAUCGUUUGACGAUCUUCCAACAUCUGCCACUCUAGAGAGCCAAUUCAUCAAGACGCCAGUAGGCCAUGGCCCCCCCAAAUCUCUGCGAACCCGACUGGCACAGUCUCCUACCGCCCUACGUACCGAAACACCCGUUCCUACCAUGACAUCAAGUGCCCCUUCUCGACCCAGCUCCUUCAAGCCUCGAUUUGCAAGAGAUACCAAUGCCUCACGAAUCGCACGCGAGCAAAGGAUUGCCUCACUAUCUCUACCUACGCGAAACCGAGACAGUGCGCCCCUGGCUCCUUUGAGCACCAAUUGGAAAGGGCCGCAAACUCCCCGACAAACCGAUUCGAUGCUCACUGCAAGAAGCAAGAAGGGCAAGGCAUCUCGGCCUGGAGGAUCUAAGCCACAGCUAAUCAAAUCAAUGGGGGUUAGUGAAGCGAAGAAUGUUCAGGGUAUGCAGUAUAAUCCCAGCACUUACCGAUGGGAGGGCAACGAAAAUGAAGUUGCAGAAUUUGACGCCAUCAACACACCUAGAUCUCCCAAGGUAGCCCCAGCACUCAUUACGAGUGUUGGAACAAUCAAGGGUGCCCAAGUUGUUGGCGGCAUGGUAUUUGAUCCCCAGCGGAUGUGUUGGCUCAAACUUGCAUCCACGCAACCUGGCGCAGACAAGGUGGCGGUCAUCCAUGACGAGCUAGAGGACGUCUUUGCAGGGUUAGAGGAUCUCCAGGACAGGCCGGGACCCAAGCAUCGAAGAAACAUUUCGGAAGCAUCUGUCCCAACGGAGGUCUUUGAUGAUCAGAGCGGUGAUUCAUCGGAGGAGUGGCCAAUCACCGAGGAAUUUGACGUCGGUCCUGAGUUUGUCAAACGUCAGAGAGCCGAAGAAGACAGAUGGAAACGGAAAGUGACCAAAUGGGUGUCGUCUGAACGGAAGAAGGCUGGCGAUGGCUGGCGAUGGGCCAUUAGGGAUUUGGUUCCUGGUGGAAACUGA